GCCAAAUUCAGCUCAUUGCGUUGUCAUAUCAACUUGCCGCUCGCAGCGAGCAGAGCCGUGUUGAUUAAGAAAUCUGUUCCAGCAUGAAACUUCAAUAAAAAAGUCUUUAAAAGCAAGAUGUCAGAAACAGUGCAAGAUGAUAAGCCUUCCAACAACAGUGGAUCAGCCAGUGGGGAGAGUGAAAAACCAGCAGAUGGCUCAAUUCCAUCUCUAGAAGGAGACAGUCUUCAAGCAGAAGAAGAAAGUCUGAAGUCUGCAUCUCAAGAUGAAAAUGGUUCAAUCGCUGGAAAGUCAGAAACCACUGGCGAAGAAGGAGAGAAGAUGAAGGAAGGAUCAGAUGAGCAGAAUGGAUCACAGAUAAGUACACAAUCCAAGGAUGAAGAGGAAACGUCAGAAGCAACUGAGACGGCCGACUCCUUCAGCUCCACUGAGAUUCAUUCUUCAAGGAGAGGGCGGGGCAAGAAGAAGAAAGAUGAACCUGUGAUACCUGAUGGAGAACAUACUGUCACCCUCUCAGUUGUGAUCGCAAAAGCCAUACCAACAGUGGACGACCCGGACAUGCCAAAAUUAGAGGAUGUGAUGAAGAAGAAGAAACAGAGGAUAGUUGAGGCGCCCAAGGCACAAGGCUAUUACCACUGCCAGUACUACCUACUCCCUGAUGAUGCUGACCCCAUUAGAACGGAUGUCGUGACCUUUGGCAUGGCAGCUAAGAUCUACACCGAGCAUGACUCCAAGGUGCUGAAGACAUGGCAAGAAGGGGAUCUGACAUGGAUUGCGUGGUCUCAUAGCCACAAACUUCACGUCACCAGGGACGUUCUUCUGAAGCUUUUCAAUCAUACCCUUGAACUACGGGUUUGGGAGUCAAAAGAGAAGGUCUCCCCCAAAGCCCGGUUCGACCGCCCCAAGGCUUUCCGCCUGCCCCAGGGUAAGCCUGGAGAGGAUGCCCAGGACAUCGGUGGGGUGAGAUCGCUGGUUCUCAAGCAGUCAAGGAGUUACGAAGCCUUGCAACCCAAAAAGUUCUGCCUGGAUAGACCGGUGCCGACAAAGGGACCGCCUGAACUUGGAGAUAUGAAGCAGUACCAGAAAAGAGAUGAAAAAGGGAGACUUGUUCAUGAUGCAAAGCACAGUCAUACACAGUCUCGUGAAGGUUCCAAGGCGCUAUUGCCAAAACCCCCGCAUGCUUUGGAACACACCGUCAAACCCCAGCAUUCGCAUCAUGAAUCCCAAUCUGCAAGGAAAAUGAGCAAGGCAGAGAGCACUACAACAUCCAAACUGUCCCAGAGAGCGGCUAGUUCACCUCCACAUGGCAAAGAUAGCAAGCAAAAGAAGGAGAGCUUGUCGGCUUUACAGGGAAAAGAAGGAGAAAUUGAUGGAGCUACCCCUCGCUCAGGAACGCGGAGAGUAUUCAAGGAUUCACCGAUGCAGCGAGAAGCCAAGAGGAAAUCUUAUAAAGCUGAGCAAGCAGCAGCUGCAAAUGCUGCACACAUCAAGAAGUUUGGCAAUGCCUGUAUUCCCAUCAGGAUGAAGUUACUAUUUGCAGAUUUGAAGACGGUCACCAAUCGCCUAGAUUCACCGGUUGUAGGCAUCCGAGACGUUUUCAUCACCGUCUCCCUAGACGGCCCUCUUAUGUCCCCCGACCAACGAUUGGACCUUAACCCAUUGGUCCUCAAGGUCGUCUCUGCCUUAGAUAUGCCAGACACACCUCUCAGUCAUGCUGAGCUUGAGAGGAGAUGUUUGCCGGUUUAUACAUCAUAUAAGUUCUACAAGCAACCAGAAUAUAUGAGUGUUAGGAGGGAACACAGUAAGAAUAUCUACUGGGAUGACAUCAAUGUGGAGCUACUAGGUAUCAUUCCAAAAGGAGAACUGCUGGAGUACCUACGUGGAGCUCCGUUGGAGAUCCAGGUCCAUGAUCGAGACCGAAGACCUGAAGAUAUCAAGCAGAAACCAACUCUGUUCGGUGAAGAUACUGAGGAUGAUAAGAUUAGCAAUGUGGGCAUGGUGGCAAGUAAGAGAACUACACACAAUCCUUUCAAGGGAAGAAUAAAACCGUGGGAUCCGUAUGGCGUCGCCAAGAUUGACCUGUCUGGCUUGCUUCUUGGUGAGAAGAUCAUUUAUCAGACAUCGCCCAUCCAUAACUGCCCUCUUCCUGACCUCUUGGGGAGAGGUGUCAAGAACAACAGGCUGAUUGGUGUGUCCAAUGCAGCCGAUGGACCAAAAGACGAGCCAUUGCCUGUUGGACACUACAUUGAUUCAGAUGCAAGGUUAAAGGUCAGACUAGAGGUUGCCCAUGCUAUCACGACCCCACACGAAGUGCAAUCUAAACCAGAGGUGGAAACUCCAGCAGAGAGCCCGUUCUCUCGUAUCAUCUACAUCUUUGACUACAAGAAUACAAAAUUCCUUCAUCAGCUUCUGAGAUUAGUAACAUCAAUCAAUGCCGCAGCCCUAGACCUAGCACAUCUUCCAGACCAUAUUGUAGAAGCAGCUUUAUCUACCUACAAACUCUCACCGGCUCAGCAGAAGAGUUCCGACCUAGACAUCGUGACUGGUUUCCAGAUCCUAGACGGAGAGAAACACAUUUUUGUGUUGGAGGGACUAAGGGAUCAUUCAAUCUACAAUUUAUGGUCUAGUCUGCCCAGACCACAAAAACAAGAUGGAGUGAUUUUCGAGGCCUUGUACAACUCUGAUAUGAUGUUUAGUGAGAGGAAGUAUGCUGCUCUCGAUGUUGACCUGUGUCGUAUCAAGCUUCAUGAGCCUAUGUCUGUCAUUGUCAAGCAGCCAUUGCUGUACGUCAGGGACAUGGUGCCCAGGCCUUGCUUUGAGGCACUCAUCAAACUUGAUCAGUUGGUAAACCAAGAUAAACUGAGGAAUGUUAGUAAGAAUGACCUGUAUCCUUCUGCUGAGUCUAUCGUCUCAUUAAGUCGAGAGUUUGGUGUUCCUCUUACCACAGCCGACUUUGAAGAUUUGAAGGAGCGUGAUGAGCCGGUGUACCUGAGCGAGGAUGCCGUCAGAUCUCACUCGGCCUCUCAGGUCUUACCUAGUCUUAGACCUCGUAGGAUCUGGACCCCACUACAGAUCUAUAAUCCGGACUACAUCAUGUAUAAGGAACAGAUGGAACUCAUGGGUCCUAUGCAUGAUUUUAUCAAAGAGAACAUUAAUCAUGUGAACAAGAUAAGCGAGGAGAAUACGGCGAAGAAGGUGAAACCACGUACCAUUCGUAUUGAGCCUGUUAAUGGUGUCGCUCAUAAUUACAGCACACAGACACUCAAUGCUACUGAACAAGCCAAGGAACUACUAAGACAGGAACUCGCACAAGAACCUGACAGACGGUUCACCUACUGCAAGGACUUCAACUCUGCUUCUGUUGUUCCUGUCAAUGUGGAGGCAGUCAAGAAGGCAGAGGAACAGAGAUCAAAGGACAUGUGGCAGACUGAGGAUGGUUUCAUCUACCCUGGCAUCCCAUCAGCAAUGGAGAGUAACGUCCAUCCCAUGAAACCAGACCCUGCUAGAAGGGAUGAACUAAAGGAGUCCUGGAUAGAGAACAUCUUGCAUGCCAACGUCUUGAAGCCAACCCUAGAAUAUCGGAACCGUUAUGAAUGGGCGCAACGGGACCAGGAUAUGAACCUCUGGCGGAAGCCCCUCCCAGGUGGCUUCCAGCCUGUCCCACCAAUCACCAUGCACCUCGCCGGCGACACCCUCAAGGGAGAAAAACAGGCCGUCAAGAACGCCGAACAAGACGUCUGGAGAUCGAAGGUCAAAGUGUACGAUACGCGAAUGCACUUUCACCGGGUUGCCCCGGAUACGGAGCUGAUGGCGGCAGGGUUCAAGUCCAGCAAUCAGAUCGACCGUCUCCGCGGCUUGCUCAAGGAUGAGGCCGAGAAACUGUCACUGGUGCAGGAGAACUUCCAGGACAUGCCUGCGCUGUCCGUUGUCAUGAACCCAUCAGUUGAUACGGCAGCCAGGGAGGCGGGGCUGCCUAUCCCUGAGGUCAACAGUGAUAGGGCAUCCAUGCUUGGGGAGAGACCAAACUUCAUGCCCGGUGCCUACCCCCAUGCCAGCCUGGCCCUCUCCAGUAACAGAAUACCCAUCAAGGAUAUGGAACAUGCCAAGUUUGAGGAACUCAAGGGAUAUGAUUUUAGGCUAUACCACAAAGAUCGAGGACCAAUGCACAAACGUCACAUCGAGCCUCUCGCCACCGCAGACAGGGACAACCAUCUCUUCAGGAACAUGCCCGCCAAGCCUUACCAAGAACCUAUUAAGCUCAGACCGGGCAACGUGUGCUUCCACAAACCCCCACCUGGCAUCUAUCCCGCCCACGUUCACACCGAGUUUUAUUACCCUGAUAGAGAGAAGUUCCUCGAUAUGGGAGAGACAAGGAAAAAUGCGACGCAGAAGAAGAAAGUUCUAGAGUCCGCCAUGUAAACUGUUCUUUCUGAUUGUUUGUUACACCUAUUUGUGAACUCUAAUCAUUUUAAAGUGUCCUUCUUGCAUUGAAGAUGCUUCGAGUCGAUGGAAAUUCAGAAAGUUAUAGUUUAAAGACUAUUGCAAAAGACAGACCAUGUUGUCAAGUAAUGCUAAAAAACAAAAUGUUCGUCUUGCACUACUUCACCUCUCCUGCUUUUACAUCAAUAUGUGUAAACGUUUACUUUCUUUGUCAUUCCAAAGUGUUUUCCUUGCUUUACAGGUGCUUUGAGUAAAUAAAUUCAUACAGUAGAUAGUACAAAGACUUUUGCAGAAGACAUGCAUUGCAUUCAAAUAAUGAAAAAAAAAAAAAAAUUACCAACUUCUUCCUCUUUCAGAGCGAAAACAGAGUUCAAGGACUGUCGCAAAACAUGCAUCAUGCCAUUAACAAAUACCAGAAAACAAGUGUUCCUUUCAAAAAAAUUCACUUCUUCCGCUUUUAUAUGGUGCAAGUUAUUUGCUAGAUUAUGGUGUUUUCGGAAUAUCAUUUCCAAGUAGAAAGGUGUCUACAACUUCUGUUGCAAGAGCAUUAGGCCUUCAGAACCCACAAGGAUUUUAAAAGUUUUAGUACAUUGU